AUGUCGAUCCGCUUGCCCCUCGGACGCCUGGCCAGCCGUCGUUUGACGACACCGCAGCCAAUCUCGACAGCCACCCGCCCGGCCACCCUGCCUCGAGUGCUUCGCCAGCAGCAGCAGCGCGCGUACUCGUCCGAACCCCCGCGCGCAAACAACCCCAACAAGGUCAAGUUCUGGCCAUUCUUCGCCAUCAUUGGUCUCGGCACGGCUGGCUACAUCGCCCUGGCGAACCGCCGUAAGGGCACCGCUCCCGUCCCCGGCGGCUCCCAGCCCAACACCCCCACCGCCUCCGGCGCCGCCGACGCCGCCGGCCCCGUCUUCUCGCCCAAAGACGUCACCGUCGUCUUCGUGCUCGGCGGUCCCGGCGCCGGCAAGGGCACGCAGUGCGCGCGCCUCGUCGCCGAGCACGGCUUCACGCACCUUUCGGCGGGCGACCUGCUGCGCGCGGAGCAGGACCGGCCCGGCUCGCAGUUUGGCGACCUGAUCCGCGACUACAUCAAGAACGGUCUCAUCGUGCCGAUGGAGGUGACGGUCAAGCUGCUGGAGAACGCCAUGGCCGACGCGCUGCGCGCCUCGGGCGGGCGCACCGGCCGCUUCCUCAUCGACGGCUUCCCGCGCAAGCUCGACCAGGCGUACAAGUUCGAGGAGUCGGUGUGCCCGGCCAGGCUGGUGCUGUUUUUUGACUGCCCGGAGAAGGUCAUGGAGGCGCGCCUGCUGGACCGCGGUAAGACGAGUGGUCGCGCGGACGACAACGCGGAGAGCAUCCGCAAGCGCUUCCGCGUCUUCGUCGAGACGAGCAUGCCGGUCGUCGACUACUACGAGCGUCAGGGCAAGGUAGUCAAGGUCCAGGCCGUCUCUGCACCUGAAGAGGUCUUUGCUGAGACGCAGAAGCGCCUCCGCGAGAGACUUGGCGCCGGCUUCUAA